UCUGUGGAUGGGGUGUUGUACAUCCAAUCCAUCCAAUCCUCCAUACGGAUAGUUGCUCCUAUCCCAAGUUGGUAUUGGUGCUUACUCCCGAGCCUCGUUCGCUCUGCUCCACAAGCCCCGUCCGUCUUACCUUCGCACGCUUCGCAAUCCUUCGUGCGCGGCUCCGUGUGGGUUGUCCACUUCCUCUCACUUUUUUUUUUUCCAUCUGGCACACUUUCAGCUGCUGGUUGUUCCCUUACCGGUGUCAACCACGAUUUUCUGUGUUCAACACUUUUGCUCUGGCAUUCGAACCGGCACAAACGAAGACGAAGACGAAGUCGCCGAUAAAAAGUGAUGCGUAUAUCGACAACUACGAGGCAUCAUACCUGAAGAAGCGCCGAUUUCUACAACAGAUCUUCAGGCUUGGUGGCUGAUUUAAGAGGAAGGUGCUAGAGGAGCGGAGUUCGGCAUACCAUGCGAAUAGUUGCGGUUAAGAGCUGGCUGCUAGCCGCUCUGUCGUUGGGGCGUCCUGCGGCUUCACAGGCAGCUAUUCAACAUGGGGAUGUUGUUACGUUUGAUCCAUAUCAAGGCUUUACCGACCAAAUCACAACAGAAAAAAAGCAGGCGGUAAUCUCCCCGCCGAAUGUAAACGCCGUAUUCAAAUGGAACAUCAUAGGUACGGACGAUGUCAAAAUCAAGGCCGUCACUCUAUAUUUUACCCCGACAAAAGCGGACCUUACCACGAACCCGAAGCCGCUUGGGAGUGGCUAUCCGGCGAUAGACGGAACGCUUGUUCUGUCUGUUCGAGACGAACGUAUUCCCUCGAAGACGGCAGACAUAUCUGAUCCUCUCGCCAGUUCCAUCGAUCUUAUUGUCACUUCAAAUUCUACGGAAGGCACAGUGAAAAUCAAAAACAUCUGGAACCUUAUUGAUCCCCCAACUGCCGCGACCGGGAAGUUGUUGUAUUUUGAAGCUGCUUGGAUGACGGAUGGGAAGACGGGCAAGAGUUACAGCCGCUUUUUCAAAGUAUUGAAUAACGAAGACCAAAGACUCGCAGCACUUGAGGAUCCCGUGCUGCAAAAUGCGACAUCGGUCUUGCCAGAAGAAGUUGGACAAGACUCGUCAGGGACAACCGGGACCAGCAAGCCCAUCGGACCAACUUCUACCAAUUCAGGGGCAACCUUAGCCACCCCUACCAACAGCAGCGGCGAAAUCAUCAGCACCGAAAAGCCCUUGAGCUCCAAAAGCAAGAAAGGUCUCUCCAUCGGCGCCAUCGUCGGAAUCGCCAUAGCCUGCGGCCUCCUCGGCCUCGCUCUCAUCGGCGGCAUCGUCUUCUUCUGCCUCCGCCGGCGCCAAAAGCAAAACGCUCUCGGCAGCGGUACCAGCCGCGGCGUGCCUUACGGGGGCUUCGCCAGCGGUGGUGGUCGAAACGGUGGCGACGAGCUCAUGGCCGAGAAGGAAGCCAACGCGGGCGUCAUCCACGACGUGACGAACGCGCCUCACUCGCCUUACUCUGACGAUGGCCACAACCACCAACAACACCCCAUGGGAAUGGGAGGUGCCGGUGCCAAUAACAGGAAUAGCGGUAGUGUCGUUAUUCCUAACAUCAUUGGUUCCGGUGUUUCCCCUCAUGUGGUUCUUCCCGGCGUAGAUGGAAGAUUAGAAGGAGAUGGAGGUAGCCCGGUUUCGAACGCCCCGUCCCACCACAUGCAGCAGCAGCAGAUACAGCAUGAUCAUCAGUCUGGAAGGUCAUACACGAUGUACACUGAUCACCAAUCCGGAGGAGGAGGAGGGGGAUCACCGACUACUCUGCACAGCGGCGGUGGUGCGCCAUCGCUUACGCACGGGGGAGCAGGCACUGAAAGCAACCGGGGUAGUCUGAUCAGCCAACAGCAGCAGGGCAGGAGCUUGUCGACGCCGUAUGCUCAUUUGGUUGAGGAGGGAAUGACGGAGGAGGAAAUCAGGAGGUUGGAGGAGGAGGAGCGGCAGCUUGAUGCGGCGAUUGAACAGCAUGCGGGAGGGCGGAGGGGAUCUAGGAACCUAUGAUGAAUGCUUUAGAAGGUCAAAAUAAGCGAAUAUGGUAGUUGGGGAAGAGAGGGUGCUAUGACCAGUUCUUUACUCUUUUCUUUCAUU